AUGGCAUCACCCGCCGUCGCGCUCGGCGCGUUUCACUCCGCCGCCGCGGAUGCCGCGCGGAUCCCCCACCUCUCCGCGCUCGUCCCCGCCUCCGCAUUUCCGCCCCCCGCGCCGCUGAGAAUCCGCCAUCGCCACGAUCUAUCCCGCCGCGCCCGCGUGUCCGCAUCGCUCUUCGGCUCCCCCCCCGCCUCCCCCUCCGCCUCUUCCGCCUCUCCGGCAGCUGCGGCGGCGGAAGCGGCCGGGAAGACGGUGUGGGUCCAGAAGACAAUCGAGCUGCCGCCUUACAAACGGGGCUGCCACAUCAUCACGUCGCAGAUCAUGUGGGCCGUGCCAGAGAUCGCCGAGUUCCGCGUCGGCAUCGCAAAUAUCUUCGUGCUGCACACAUCAGCCAGUCUAACCAUCAACGAGAACGCCAGCCCAGACGUGCCUCUGGACAUGGAAGACGCUCUCAACCGCAUUGCACCCCGGAGGGCAACCAUUACCGCCACUUGGAUGAGGGCUAUGACGACAUGCCAGCCCACGUCAAGUCCUCCCUAA